ACUGCAACCUUUUCCAUAAUAACAGAAAUGUUAUUCAUGAAAUGAGUAGUUUUGUUUUUCAUUGAAAUAUAUUUGUGACGAUGACUUUGUAUGCCUCUCCUAUCCGGCUAUCCUAGUACUCCUAUUACAUAGCUGUGGCAGUAAAAUUCAAAAAGAACAAAAAAUAGGACUGAUCGACAUGUGAGUGCAUCAUAAUUUUUUUAUUUUUUUUUUAAUAUCUAUUUUACAUAUCAUAUAAAAAAAAACACCUUAUAUGGGGGUGGAGGGGGACUCAUGUGACACUACAUUGGCUAUAUAUCACAUGCAAUAACAUUAUUCAUUAUUAGAUAGGGACCCUCUCUUUACCAACAAUCAUAUAUAUACUCAUCCCACCCCAAUUAAAAAACCAUUAACAAAGAACCAAAUAGAUAUAUGGCUAAUUAUUAUUGUUCAUCUAAAAAGCCAACAAUGGUAAUCAUCAUAUUCAUAGUGAUGAUUAUUCAAAGCUAUGUAAUGGUAGCCACAGGCUUAUUAUCAAACGAACCCAUGGAUUCCAACACAGAAUUUAUCAGGACCUCAUGUGGUGCCACAACAUACCCUGACCUCUGUUUCACCACACUCUCAAGCCACGCUUUUGAAAUCCAGAGCAACCCUCAGCUGUUGGCAGGGGCAGCUCUCUCGGAGACUCUCAAAACGGUGCGUUUAACAUCAGCAGCCAUGUCAAAACUGGCCAAAUCCCAAGGCUUGACUGUUAGAGAAGCUGCAGCCUUAAAGGAUUGUGUUGAGGAGCUUGGGGACUCUGUGGAUGAGCUUCAGAGAUCUGUUGGUGAAAUGGGUAAGAAAGAUGUCAACUUUGAGAUGCAAAUGAGUGAUAUUGAGACUUGGGUUAGUGCUGCUUUGACUGAUGAAGAUACUUGUGUUGAUGGCUUCUCUGGGAAUGGUAUGAAUGGAAGUGUCAAAACCACUGUGAGGGAAAACAUUGUUAAUGUUGCUCAUAUGACUAGCAAUGCUUUAGCUCUAGUUAAUCACUAUGCUAUUCUUCAUUCUUAGACUCUUCUUCCUUUUUGUCAUCUUUUUAUUUUUGGAUUGAUGAAGCUGAUUAUAUAUUAUAUACCUGUUUGUCAUUAUUAUAUAUAUUAAGUUAUAUGUUGUAGAGUGCGUUUAGUGAUAUUACCAUAGUUAGAGUUAACCUUUAAUCACAUAUUAUUGUAUGUAUUUUCAGCUUUGUUAUCCAGUUUGAUAAAUAAUUAUUUGAAGUUUGAAUUUUCGAAAAAACAAGAAAA